AUGGAAGCAUUUGAAAGGAGCUCCCUUCUUGUACCUUGUGUCUUGGAACUGGCCAAAGAAUCACUGACCACAGUCCCAGCCCGGUAUACUCGGCCUGAUCAAGACCCUCAGAUAACAUCAUAUUCUUCACUUCCUGAUGUCCCGAUAAUCAACAUCGAGAAAUUGGUUUCUGGAGAUCAGAUGGAAUUGAAGAAGUUGGACUCUGCAUGCAAAGAGUGGAGAUUCUUCCAGGUACUGAAUAAUACUACUAGUUGUGAGACAAACAGGGUAACAGCUGGUGCAUUUCUCCGUUUUCCUGCAGUUUUAGAUUACCCCCAAGAUUGUCUAGACAACAAGCUAAAACCUGAGGAAAUGGCAGGAAAACCAAAAUCAAAGCUAGAAAAUAGACAGAGUGAGUUGCAUCACAGUUCUCAUGCACAAAGUCAGAUUAGCUGGGCACCCUUAAUGUUGAUACAAAGAACUCCAACAUUGCAAGUGAAGCGGUAG